UGUACAAUCUGUGGCGCGACCUCGUUUCCGGCUUUUGACAUUUGUCGAAUCGAAGUUGAGUGAAAACCUUUAUUGAUUGCGCUGAAAAGUAAUUUAUGAUACAAAACGAGCAGAGUUGGCGCGGGAGUGUGGUGAUGUUCGAUUAGUGUUAAGUGGAACGCCUGAAGCGGGGUGUGAACCGCGCAGGCAGGCGCCGUGGUGCGGUUGUUAAUUUGUAGAGUUCGUGUUACUCAGGCGGGAUGUGCCAGUGAGCCCUCGGGGCUUCGGGGGCAGGCUGUCGGGGAUGGCGGCGGACACGGGCGGCGCGGCGCCGCAGGCGGGCGCGGGCGCGGGCGGCGCCAGCCCCGAGGAGACCCUGGAGUCGCUGCUGCGAGAGGCAGAGGCGCUCAAGCAGAAGUUAGAAGAGGAGCGACAGAAGCUCAACGAUGUCACGCUGGCAAGUGUGGCUGAGCGCCUGGAGGCCAUCAAUUUCCCCAACCUGAAGCCACGGCGGGUCCUCAAGGGCCACCAGGCCAAGGUGCUCUGCUCCGACUGGUCGCAGGACAAACGCCAUAUUGUCUCCUCCUCACAGGAUGGCAAGGUGAUCAUCUGGGAUGCAUUCUCAGCCACCAAGGAGCUGACCAUUGCUAUGCCCAGCACUUGGGUCAUGGCCUGCGCUUAUGCACCCUCAGGAAACAUGGUGGCUGCGGGUGGCCUCGAUAACAAAGUGACAGUGUUUCCUCUCGGAGAAGAGAACAAGGAAGAGGGCGCCACCCGCAAGCGCACCGUCGCGACGCACACCUCCUACGUCUCAUCUGUUCUGUUUCCACGCACUGACAGACAGUUACUAACCGGAUCUGGGGACGGAUCUGCUGCGCUGUGGGAUGUGGAAUCUGGACAAUUACUGCAGACUUUCCAGGGUCACGCGGCGGACGUGCUGGCGCUGGACCUGGCGCCGUCGGACACGGGCGACACGUUCGCGUCGGGCGGCGCCGACCGCGCCGUGCUCGUGUGGGACAUGCGCUCCGGCGCCGCCGUGCAGGCCUUCGACACGCACCGCUCCGACGUCACCAGCGUGCGCUUCCAUCCCGGCGGGGACGCUAUAGCCACCGGUGAGUGAGAUACAAACACUAACAGAGAGAGAUAUAUAUAUGGCGCCGUGCUCGUGUGGGACAUGCGCUCCGGCGCCGCCGUGCAGGCCUUCGACACGCACCGCUCCGACGUCACCAGCGUGCGCUUCCAUCCCGGCGGGGACGCUAUAGCCACCGGUGAGUGA